AUGUUUGCCAACGGCCCAGCCGAUCAGCAGCAGUUCUAUCAAACCCCACCAGCCCCACCCCAACAACACCAGACUUCAACACCGCAACAUCAGAGUGUGAUCGUUCGCCAACCAGAGCUUCCCGAUGAACCAGACGUGUCGGGAUAUUCGGCGGCGUCAGCGUCGUACUACGGCUUGGCUCCUUCAUCAAUGGUGCCAAAUGCGUAUCCUGCUCCGUACAAUAUGAAUGUACCAAUUCCUUUUCUCUUCAGUGAUUGGAACCAACUGGGAAUGGUGGGCUGA